AUGAAAGAUGAACCAGAAGAAAAUAUCCUGAAUGAAACGAGGUUGAAAAUAGGGGGAAAAAAUUACUCUUCUUUUACUGUAGCCACAUGUACGUUGGUGGAUCCUAAUCGGUGCUCACAAAAUUUUGGUUACUGUAGAAGACGCUGCUUUAAAUAUGAAAAGCAAAUUGAUGUAUGUUUCUCACCAAGUAAAAUUUGCUGCAUUGAGAGGUUGUUUGAAGAAGACUAAUCUUGAAGAUGUACCUGUGACCAAAGAAGU